GCAGUUUAAAUUUCACGGUCUCCUAAGUACUAUUUUGAAGUAAAAAUGAAGCUGUCUCUGUACCUCGUAGUAUUAGCUACUAUUUUCAUUCAUGCUAAGGCUGCUCCAGAAGUAAAUUUCGAUGCUCAGGAAAGCGUACAGAGAUCUUCAGGACAACAUGAAUGGGAACAUAAUGGUGCAGGAGAUGGAUCAGAAACCAUAUCCGAAAGUGCAUUAUCCCAUGAAUCAGCUAAAAUAGGAGAUGGUUCCUCAAACGGAUCUGGUAUGGCAGCUAACUCAAAAAAAAGCGGAUCCUGCAGAGGAACAGGUGGUAUGUCAGUGUCAGUUUGCAAAUCAAGAAAGGAAUCAGUUGAAGGACAAGGCGAACGAAACGGAAUUCGAACUGUGACAAUUGAUAUCUCAGGUAGCCAAGUAGCAGAUCGUGGAUCAUGUAGUGGAAAUGCCAGCCUAGUUCUAAAUUGCGAUGCUCGUGGAAGUACAGGAAGCUCUUCAAUACAACAUGGAUCGGAAAAUAAUGGCCAAAUUAGCCAAGAGAGCUUAAGCAGUCAUUCAGGAAGCUUAUUAGUUGAUAGGUCAGGUAGCGGAAGAGUGAACUCAGCAGAUAAGGAGGCGUAUUCGCCGACGGAUCAGACCAUCACAAAUCAGUAUCAAUCAAAAUCAAUGAGAUCUGAUGCGACCGCUAACUCAACACUUAGAGGAUCAGGUGAUGCAUCCGGAACCAGAUCAGGUCUGGUAGAGUCUGGUAGAGGAAUAGGUGAUAUGUCAGUGUCACUUAGCGGAUCAAGAAAAGGAUCAGUUGAUGGAAAAGGUUUUUAA